AUGGUGAAGGAAAAGAAAAAAGCAGAUAAAAAAGGAGAUAAGUCUGGCCGCAUUCCCUCAUCUUUCUCUGACUAUCCAGAGAUUUCUAAACCAGACGGCAGCACCACCCGGCAAGAAAUAUCCCUAGGUGAUGCCCCACAAUUGGAAGUGCCACUCCAUGAAACAGAACCCCAAAAUGGACCUGAAAACCUUCAGCAGGAUAAAGAUACCACUCAAUAUGAAGAGCCCAUUCUGACCAAACUCAUAGUGGAAAGCUAUGAAGGAGAGAAAAUUCGUGGGCUAUACGAGGGAGAAGGCUUUGCAGUCUUUCAAGGAGGUUGUACCUACCAUGGUAUGUUUUCAGAAGGACUCAUGCAUGGACAAGGAACUUAUAUUUGGGCCAGUGGAUUAAAAUAUGAGGGGGAAUUUGUGAAGAACAUUCCUAUGAACCACGGCAUGUUCACCUGGCCAGAUGGCAGCAUGUAUGAAGGUGAAGUGAGGAACGGCCUGAGGCACGGCUUUGGCAUGUUCAAGUGCAGCACUCAGCCGGUGUCCUACAUCGGCCACUGGUGCCAUGGCAAGAGACAUGGGAAGGGCUCCAUUUAUUAUAAUCAGGAGGGUACCUCUUGGUACGAGGGAGACUGGGAACACAACAUCAGAAAGGGCUGGGGAAUAAGAUGUUACAAAUCUGGAAAUAUAUAUGAAGGCCAGUGGGAAGACAACAUGCGCCAUGGGGAAGGGAGGAUGAGGUGGCUGACAACCAAUGAAGAGUACACUGGCCAGUGGGAGAACGGCGUCCAGAAUGGCUUUGGAACACACACAUGGUUUCUAAAGAGAAUCCCCAACUCCCAGUAUCCUUUGAGAAAUGAAUACAUAGGAGAGUUUGUAAAUGGGCAUCGUCAUGGACAUGGAAAGUUUUACUAUGCCAGUGGAGCCAUGUAUGAGGGAGAAUGGGUUUCCAAUAAAAAACAUGGUAUGGGCCGACUGACUUUUAAGAAUGGGCGUGUGUAUGAAGGCCAGUUUUCCAACGAUCACAUAUCAGAGUUUCCAGAACUUGAAAGGGAAGUCACAAAUUACCCGGAACCAGCCCCAGAAGUUUCCUACAGGGGAAAGCAGCAAAGCCGGUCCACAAGUGCUGAAAUUAUCAGAAAGCUUGAUGGCAGUGAAAGUCAUUCUGUGUUAGGAUCGAGCAUUGAACUGGAUCUAAAUUUGUUGCUGGACAUGUACCCUAAGGCAAACCAACCAGAAGAAAAGAAGCAGGCAGAAUAUGCUGUUUUAAGAAAUAUUUCAGAAUUAAGAAGAAUCUAUAGCUUUUAUAGCAGCCUAGGAUGUGAUCACUCUCUGGAUAAUACCUUUCUGAUGACAAAGCUUCACUUCUGGAGAUUUCUAAAAGAUUGCAAAUUUCAUCACCACAAAAUAACUCUUGCUGAUAUGGACAGGCUAUUAAGUAGUGAUAAUGACAUGCCAGUUGAAGACAUUCAUUCUCCAUUUACAACAAUACUUCUGAGAACAUUUUUGAAUUAUCUCCUGCAGUUGGCUUACCACAUUCACCACAAAGAAUUCCAAAAUAGAAGCCCAUCGCUUUUUUUGUGUUUUACAAAAUUGAUGACUGAGAACAUUCUUCCAAAUGCCUGCCAGGUAAAAGGCCAUUUAUUCCGAGAGCAACAGAAGACGCUUUAUUCAAUGAGUUAUAUUGAUAAGUGCUGGGAGAUUUAUCUCACUAACUGCAGACCUCAUGUAGCUCCUCCCCAUGAUCUUACAAUGAAGAUGAGACAUUUCCUCUGGAUGUUGAAAGACUUUAAAAUGAUAAAUAAAGAAUUAACACCAACAAAAUUUGUGGAAGUAAUAGCAGAGGAUAAUCCUUUCAUAUAUGAUGGAAUUGACAGCAAUUUUGAACUUGAGCUUGUUUUCCUGGAAUUCUUUGAAGCCCUCUUGAGCUUUGCACUGAUCUGUGCUACUGACCAAAUGAUUAAAUUGAAUGUGAAUGUUCCAAAUGAUGAUUGGUCUGGAAAUAAAUUUGGAAGCAUUUAUGCAGUAAUAAAUCAGGGCAUCCAGACCCGGACUUCAAGUGCAGUUACAAGCCACGAAUCUGAUACUCUUCACUGUAACAGUGCCAAGUCAUCUUCCAGCAAGUUGGGAGGUUUGCCUGAUAUUAACAAAAUAAGGAAAUCAGAGACCAGGAAGUCUCAAAAUGAAGAAAGAGUUUGCAAAUUGAGUUUUAAAUCUGGAAUAAAAGGGCUAACCUUUUUUUCAUCUCAAAAUGAGAAAUUUGAAAAACCCAAGGAUGAUCAAAAGGAAAAACUCAAUACAUGGAUCAGUAACAUGUAUGUCUUUUUUGUGAACACGCUCUUUCAAGCGUAUAAGCAUGAAGAAACUCUCAAGGAGAAAAUAAAGGAAAACAGGUUACGUAAUGCAGCAAUGGCUCAUCAGAAGAAAAUUGAAAAUGAUGAGCUGGAAGCAAGGCUGAAUAUCUUAAGAGAGGAAGAGGCCAAACGACUAGACUAUGAGAUUGACAUCACUGUGAUCAAGGAGCCAGUGGACCCCCCAUCCUCUAGCCUCACACCAAGCCCCCCCAAAGAGGACACAGUCAUGUCCCAGCCCAGCAAGUCCAUGACAAGCAAGAAAAAGAAAAAGUAA